ACACAAGUUAGCCACUGUAGGUCGUUAGCUUCAGUCACGAGUAGAUAAAUGAAACUCCAGCGUUGACUUUAUCGGUUUUCUAAUAAAGAAGAGGAAAAUGUAGCACUCGUUUCUGCACAUGUGAAACUCAGCUGUUUUUGUGACGUUGGUGGAAAUGUCGGCGGUUAGUCUCGGCGCCGCGACAGCGUAUCGUGGCUUGUUAUUGAAAAGUGCCAGGUCUUCAUUUGACCUGCUUAAAAGCGAAGGACACUUCAACUUUACUAGGAGAAGGUUCCUUCAGAGCCGCGUCAUUAAUGUAACGCGUCUGUUCUGCUCUUCACCCCAUAAUUCUAAGGUACCAGAGGUUGCGACAUGGGAACCAGUACCAGAGCACCAACUUCCCCCGCCAACCGAAAUCUCUGCAGACCUGGUGGACAAACUGGAGCGACUGGCCUUGGUGGAUUUCCGAACCAAACAGGGACUGGAGUGUUUGGAGAAAGCCAUUCGAUUUGCAGAUCAGCUUCACGUUGUUGACACAACCGGUAUUGAGCCAAUGGAUUCAGUUCUAGAGGACAGGGCGUUAUACCUGAGGGAAGAUGCAGUGACUGAUGGGAACUGUGCUGAAAAACUGAUUCACCUCUCCAAAAACACAGUUGAAGAAUAUUUUGUGGCACCACCAGGAAAUAUUUCUCUACCAAAGAGAGAAGAGAGGGCUGCCCUCCUGAAACACUCAGAGUUCUGAUAUUUAUGCACUUGUCCUUGAUAUUUCUGAGUAAAUGAAUGUGUCUUAGUGCCAAGAAAUAAAUUACGUAAAAUACUCUGUCAA